ACAAAUCACAUUAACAUGCAUCAAGUAGGUCAUUUUUAUGGCUUCCUCUAACAAGACAAGGUCACGCUCCGGGCUGUUUUCUCUACUAGAUAGACUAAUAAGCAGAUAAGCAGUCGAUGUGAUCCUGUGGAGCAUGUGCACUGUAUGUGAAAAUGUGAGAAAAGAAGACAACAUGUCUCAAUCUGGGGAGAAGAAUCUUGAAGCAGAAGAGGACAGAAAACACACAAAAUAAAAAUGUUCUAAAAGCAAGAUGGACCAUCAUAAAAAUCUGCAUCUGCACAGCUAUUCCUCAGCCAUUCAUUGAAACAAACUGAUCAGUGAACCUCAGCAAUGGCAGCACAUAUUGUGCUUCUUUUUCUUUUAUUGUGUAAAGGGGAAAGAAAUGGCAUUUCAGUGGCUGCUGGCCUGUCAGAGGAAGUCCAGGAUUUGCAAGAAAUAUCAAGCAAAACACAACAAGUUUUACAUCAUCCAGAGUCUACGGACAACUCUGUUUUCUUUAUGGGAAUCAAAGAAGAGGAUGAAAGAAGGACCCCGCCAAAUGUUGCUUUUAGACUAAAUGACAGAAAACCUAAUGGUUUUGACUUUAAAAGCAUUGUAGCGGGGCAAACAGUCCUACUUGAACAUCCUGAAUCUGCUGCCAAAUCACUAAUACCUAAACAUAGCCCUGAACUCAGUCUGAACCACGAGAAAAGGAGCAAUUUGACUAAUGGAGAGGUUGAAGGUGUAAUUAAUGAUCACAGCCUAGCACCGAGUUCAGAGGAGGAGUUCGCUCUCCAGCCUGAGCUCCAUUUGGAGACAGGUGUCGACGUUCUGCCUGAGAGGACACGGGGCCGCUCUAAAUGGGUCACAAAGACUAAAGACAGUCGAUCAGGGUCAUACUCGCUGAAAACGGGGCCCCGCUCCCGUCGCCGGAGGAGCUGGCUCUGGAACCAGUUCUUUGUGAUCGAGGAGUACAGAGGGCCAGAGCCCGUGCUCAUUGGACGGCUGCACACGGAUAUGGACAAAGGAGACGGCCGCACUAAGUACAUGUUGGAGGGAGAGGGAGUGGGCUCUGUGUUUGUUAUUGACAGCAACACAGGCAACAUACACGUGACCAAGUCUCUGGACCGCGAGGAGAAGGACCAGUACCGUCUCAUUGCAACAGCCACAGACCGCCAGACUGGCCGUGCCCUGGAGCCCUCCUCUGAGUUCAUCAUUAGAGUGCAGGACAUCAAUGACAACCCGCCUGUCUUCCCUGAUGAACCCUAUGUUGCCAUGGUACCAGAGAUGGCCAACAUAGGCACGUCCAUAAUCCAAGUCACAGCCAGAGAUGCUGAUGAUCCAACAUAUGGAAACAGCGCCCGGCUGGUGUAUGCCAUUACUCAGGGCCAGGACUAUUUCUCUGUGGAUCCUCAGACAGGCGUCCUGCGGACAGCAGUACCUGACAUGGACAGAGAGACUCAGGAUGAAUAUCUGGUCCUCCUCCAGGCCAAAGACAUGGGGGGACAUCUGGGCGGACUAUCAGGGACAACAACAGUCACCGUGAAGCUGAGUGAUGUCAACGACAACCCCCCUCACUUCAGAAGGAGUGCAUGGUCCUUCUCUGUAUCUGAGCUAGCAGCUCCAGGUGUGGAGGUGGGCCGUCUCACCGCCACAGAUCCUGAUCUGGGAGAAAAUGCACAGCUGGAGUUUACUAUCCUGGAUGCUGAAGAGGCUGAAAUAUUCAAUAUAACCGGAAGAGACCAAGAGGCUGUUAUUGAGCUGAACAAGUUGCUGGAUUAUGAGUCCUGCAAUUCGUACUCUUUCAUCGUGGAAGUUUCCAACCCUGUGGUGGAUGCCCGCUACCUAAGGAAAGGUCCCUUUAAGGACCAGGCAACAGUUCGGGUAAUGGUCCUCAAUGCUGAUGAACCGCCACAAUUCUCCCAGGCUCGGUACCAACUGGACGUGUCUGAGAACUGUCCCCCUGUCUGCUCUGUUGGCCGGGUCUUCGCUGUGGACCCAGACACAGGACAGAGCACCAACAUCAGGUACUCCAUCGAUCCCCAGUCGGACCCCGAGGCUCUGUUCCGCAUCGCCUCUGACACAGGCUUCAUCAGCACAGUGAUGGAGCUGGACCGUGAGCAGGAGCAGUGGCACAAUAUCACUGUCAUCGCCACACAGAGGGACAAUCCAAAUCUUGUGUCAAGAGUUGUGGUUGCCAUAGAGACACUGGACCAGAAUGACAAUGCACCAGAGUUGGACAGGCAGUACGCAACUUCUGUAUGUGACUCCAGUGCCCCUGGUCAGGUUGUUCAGGUUCUGCGAGCCAUUGACAGGGACCAAGGAGGAGGACAGGACACCCCAGUCCACUUCAGCAUCCCUCCGGAGUCCAGCUCAGCUCUCAACCUCACCAUCAGGGAAACCGGAGGUGUGACAGCCAGCCUGGUGCUCCAGUCAGCCUUGGAGCCCCUCCCUGGCUUCUCCUCAUCCUUACUCACGCUCUAUGUGCCAGUUGUGCUGCGCGACGGGGCCUCUGGUCUUACCAACACUGGCACGGUCACUGUGACCAUUUGUCCCUGUCUGCGGGGGGGUAUGCAGACAGAGGAUAGGGGUAGACAGAGGGACCAGAGAUGGGAGAGACACAUGGUUUGUCUGCCUGUGCCAUCCACCUCUCCAUCCCUCAUAUUCAGUUUGGUCACAUUACUGGCCAUGCUGGCUUGUGUCACCACUCUGCUUGUGGUGUGUGCACUCUCGCUGUCAUUGCGCCAUCAGAAGCGAGACUCCCACUCACCCUUCGAGGAGGAUGAUGUCAGGGAGAACAUCAUAUCCUAUGAUGACGAGGGGGGAGGGGAAGCAGACACCGCAGCUUUUGACAUUACAGCGCUGCAGAGCAUGCACAGAAUACAGCACAUGCACAACAACAGAAACAUAUGGUACACCCAGCAGAAUCUGCCGAGGGCCAGAACGUACAGCUGGAGUCGUAACCCACGCCCCGGCCUGGACCCUCAUCAGCGGCCAGGCUCCGCUCCGCUCUACGGGCGCCUCUGCUACGGCAUCCACACGCUGCCUGUUCUCAGAGAUUACCCAGCUGGGCCUCUGGAGGCAGGUUUGCAGCUAACUCAGCUGACCCAUGGGCUCACUGGAGGUCAUAUCGCCAAUCCCCUUGUCAUCCAGAACCAGAGCACCUUUGAGCCUCUGCUGCACUCUCCUGAGAUGAGCCCUGGUAGUUACGAAGCAGAGCAUAUGCUGGCGGAGAGCAAAAUUACAGAGAGAAAUGAAGUCAGUGAAGCAAACGCCGCAGACACAAAACAGAAUGAGGACCAGGCCAAGAUAGACUCGACAGAAUCAGAGUCGACACCAGCCAACAACGCUGCAAAUCUGACCUACUGUGACCCAAAUGAGUCUUCAUGCCAAAGUCACACCAGCUGCUCAUCAAACCAGCAAGAGGGGCGACCGGGGUCAUCACAGACUCAGAUCAGCACUGGAGCCACCAGCUGCACAGUGGAUGACUUUGAUACUGAUUCCUCUAUUCCCUCCGUUUCAGAGCGAAAUUAUUCAAAUGGCAGUCAAAUCAGCUCUUCUAAUGACCCUCCUGUUUACCUGAAAGGAGACACAUACAGCAUUGUGGGCUCGCUGAAUCCAAACAGCAGGGGGACGUGUAUAAACGGGACUAGCAGCAGUGGGUUGUACCCAGCGGGGGCGCAGCUACUGAACAUGUGCAGACUCCAGAGAAAGGAUUUGACCCCACAGCCUUUGCCCUUACCUGGGGGGAUGUUUGGCAACAACAGAGGCUGGGCAUGUGGGGCGGAGCCUGCGAGAACAGAAGCCACCAACCCGCAGCCUCUCCGAAUGGAAGACCUCCUGAAUUUCCGUCUGGACCAGGUCACCUUUGACCUGUCCCAGCCACCCUAUGACUCACUGCAGACUUACGAGUUUGAGGGCCGUGAUUCAAGGGCUGAGUCACUGAGCUCGCUGGAGAGCGAUGAAGAGAAGGACGAGGGCAGAGUGGUGGGAGGGAUGGAGGAGUUAAACCAGAAGUUUCAGAGGCUGGUGGAGAUCAUCAGGGAGAGGGAGAAGGAGAAGGAACAGGAGGGAAAGCCAGAGGAGGGAGGAGAGAACGCAGAGGCGACUCUGAAUGAGACUCAUAAACAAACAGAGGAGAAAGAACAAGAACAGCAGAGAUGGGAUUUCUAGAGGACCUACACUGCAGUAAAAGAAAAGUUAGAGAGAGGAGGACUCUCUUGACAGUGAUGGAUUUAAAACACAGCAGGGUGGCAAAGACAGAAAUGCUCUUGUUUUCCAAGGAAAAUCCAGCAGGCUGACAGUAUAGUCAAGAUAUGUGGUGGAAUCAGUGCACAGAGUAUAGUUUUCACCUCCACUGUGUUUAUAAAAUGGAUAUGGAAUCUGUCACUUUACACACUGCUCUUGUAACUAAUAUUAAUAAUGCACUUGGGCUUUCAAAGCUAAAGUUAUGAAAAAUGUACUUCUUUUUUUUUAAAAUAUUGAUUCUGAGCCCUGAAAGCUGCAUUGUUAGAAAAUAGGCCUCAUUAAAUAUUGACUGUAAUUGUAAUAUUUAAUAUUGAUACUCUAAUAGGGACUCACUCGCUAGAAAUCCUUGGAAUUUUAAAUGCAACAUUUGCAUCUGAAUUGGAGAGUCUUACAACCACAUAAGCGUACAGUACUGUAGGCCUACACUGCCACAUGUUCACAGAGCCUCUCCGAUGACUGUAACUGCAUAUGUUGCUCUGUAUACAUUUGUAUUCUGUCACCCUGUAGAGAGACUCCAGCACGUAGUGACCAUUACAAGUAGCAGAACCUGCUCACUAUGCAAUUUGCACACAGAUGUAGAAAUGAUUAGAUUGUCACUGUCAAAGACUGUUGUGUACUGUUGUGAAAGUACAGUAAAUGAUGUCCAUAUGUAGAUAAAUAUCAACCCUCUGCUAUAGUGGUUAUUGCUCAAGAUUGGACGAUUGCUGUAGGUGGAAGAGGGGGGGG